AUGAGUUCUGCACCGUGCGGGCGGAAAAAGCGCCCCAGAUCUGCAGGCAGCGUCUUGCCCAUCACGAGAGGACCGCAGACGGACUCGGAGCACCGAGAGAGCGCUGUGGACGGCAGCAGAAUGACUGUGCAGGAAUUCAACACCCUGGUGGCGCUGUACCGGGAACAGGUCAUUUCUGUCGGUGAGAUGUCAGCAGACUGCCCAUCUCUGCGUGCUCAGAUGCACUAUACGCGGGCUAAAGGAUGCUCCAUGGCCCGGACUGCGCACCAAGACCUCGCCCUCAUUGCUGUUUCUGGCCCAGAGGACGGUGAGAUCCAUCCGGAGAUAUGUCGACUUUUCAUCCAGCUGCAGUGUUGCCUGGAGAUGUUCAUCACAGAGAUGCUGAAGUCCAUGUGCCUGCUGGGGGUGCUGCAGUUUCACAGAAAAAGAACUGACUCUGAGCCUAAGAUGGACUUCAGGGUGGACGAAAGUUCUGACGUUCCCAUCCUGGAGGACCGUUCCUCCUCACCCAUUGACUACCCUCACGAUCCUUGGCUGGUGGGAGUCCAUAUUGAAAAUAUAGAGCGAGAUAUGCAGGAGAUGAGAAAUCUGCUCAGCAAACUCAGGGACGCAAUGCCUUUGCCACUGAAAAAUCAAGACGACAGCAGCUUGUUGAAUCUGACUCCACACCCGCUGGUCCGACAAAGGAAGAGACGCUUCCCUGGACUCUGCUGCAUGGUGUCUGGUUAA